CGGUACAGUCAGCACCACAUUCGACCGCUGUGCACCGCGAGAAACGACCGCGCUAACCCGACGACAGCCAAGGCUGAUCGAAAAUUCGCGACUUUAUGUUAAUUCAAGUAAAUAAACACGACUGUCUGACCGCAUUCAGCGAAGGAUACUGUGGCGUACAGUUUAUUUAUAUCGAUUGCAAGUUCACGGCGUGGCAUUCCUCUUCGCAUGAUAAGGACAUCUUCUUCGCUACCCAAGAAACUCCACCCUUGUGAAUCACUAAUGGGAGUACGCCAGAACCCUUGGACACCAACCAAGAGACGAGGACCGAUCGCUGCUGAGGCUUCAAGCCCUGGACCUGCUGUAGUAUCUCUACCAACUCUAAUAGGCAAACCGCCCCAAGAGUCACGCAGACCUCGGGCUCCCGCAUUCACCUUCGGACAGAAACUUGAUACCUCCGCUAGUUCAAAAGCAGGGCCUGGACCCGCUUCCUACAAUACAGAAGGAAUGACAGCUAAAGCUCCCAACGUGUACUCUAUGCCCCCGGUGCUUGGUGAAGCCAAGGAAGGUAACAAACGCGCAGCCCCAGCCUUCAGCAUCACGGGGAGAGGGAGAACCGCUGAGUCAAAAUUACCGAUGCCAGGCCCCGGCACCUAUACACCUGACAAGGCAGCAGUGGCGCUGACCAAGAGACCGCCCGCGUACACCAUGGCACCGAGGAGAGAAGUCAAACCUCCAUCUGCAGCUGUGCCUGGACCGGGACUUUACUGUCCGGAGAAGGGCGAUGUGAUAAGCGAAAAAUCACACAAGUAUACUAUUGCAAGUAAAAUGAAAAUGAAAAAGGUAGAAGAAUUACCUGCUCCUAAUGCUUAUAGCCCAGAAAAGGCUGAUCGAUUUAUGCGAGAGAAAUCACCUGCAUUCUCAUUUCGAACUAAAACUGAAUUACACAAAGUGCAUAAUGCACCUGCACCCAAUAUUUAUUCACCAGAGAAGUCACUUCACUCAUUGAAAAAUGGUCCAAAAUAUACUCUAGCAGGUAAAGGAGUAGCUGAAAAGCAUGAUAGUACUCCAGCACCUAACACUUAUAAUCCCCAAAAAGCUGAUAAGUUGCUACACGAGAGCUCUCCAUCAUACUCGAUGCGGUCAAAAGAAAUUGUAGAAAAGAUAGAGCAAACACCCGCUCCUAAUGUAUAUGCGCCUGAAAAAUCUAUACACAUGUUGAAUGGUGGACCACAGUUUACUAUGUCUGGAAAAGGUGUCUGUUUCAAGAUCUCAGAAACACCAGCUCCUAAUUCUUACGAGCCACAGAAGGCUGAUAAAAUCUUACAUGAGAGUUCACCAGCUUUUACAUUUAGAGUAAAAGAGCAAGUUUCAGUAAGAAGCGAAUCCCCAGCACCUAAUGUUUAUGCUCCUGAAAAAUCUAUGCAUAUGUUAGAUGGAGCUCCGAAGUUCACAAUUAGCGGAAAAGGGCCUUCUGGCAAGAUACCAGAUACACCUGGGCCUAAUGUCUAUUGUCCAGAUAAAGCUGACAAACUUUUGCAUGAAUCAUCUCCAUCAUAUACGUUUAGAAUGAAAGAUCACAUUCUAAAGACCAAUGAAACCCCUGCUCCGAAUAUGUAUGCUCCCGAAAAGUCUAUUCAUAUGUUAGAUGGAUCUCCUAAGUUUACUAUGUCUGGUAAAGGACCGUCGCCUAAAUUUGAUAAUAUACCUGGUCCCAACGUGUACUGUCCUGAUAAAGCUGACAAACUUUUACAUGAGUCUUCACCAGCUUACACUUUUCGACCGAAAAAUGCAUUAGACAAACCAAAUGAUGUUCCGGCUCCAAAUUGUUAUGACCCCCAUUUGUUGGAUGGUACGCCUAAAUAUAGUUUAUAUGGAAAGGGUCAUGAUCCGAAGCUGUUUGAAACUCCAGGACCAAACGCUUAUGAUCCUCAUUUACCGGAUGGAACACCAAAGUAUACGAUUUCCGGAAAAGGACAAUCUGGAAAAAUACCUGAUGUUCCUGCUCCUAAUGCAUAUAAUCCACAUUUAAUAGAUGGAUCUCCUAAGUUUUCAUUGAGUGGUAGGGGCCCAGAUGGGAAACCCAUAGACACUCCUGGUCCAUGUAGCUAUGAUCCACAUCUGGCUAACAGUUCUCCAAGAUAUACAAUGUUAGGAAAAGGUCAUGACGAAAAAGUGUCGAAUGUGCCAGCUCCAAACGCAUACGACCCUCGUUUAUUAGACGGUACACCAAGAUACACCUUAUCGGGAAAAGGAACAUCUAGUAAACCUUCGGAUACUCCAGGACCAAAUGCAUACGAUCCUCAUUUGCCAAAUGGUACUCCUAAAUUUAGCAUUGGUGGGAAAGGACAUGAUUCUAAAAUAUCUGAUGUUCCAGCACCAAAUGCUUACGACCCCCACCUUAUUGAUGAUUCUCCAAAAUACACAAUCGCGGGUAAAGGUCAUCCUGGUAAAAUUACCGAAACUCCUGGUCCUACCACCUACUGUCCAGAGAAGGCAGACAAAGUUCUUCUAGAAAGUUCUCCAGCUUACACGUUCAGACCUAAACACGCAGAUCAUAAAUCAGUAGACAAUCCCGCUCCAAAUGCUUACGAGCCUGAUAAAUAUCAUUAUAUGAUUGAUGGAGUACCAAAAUAUAGCUUCGGUGUUAAGCCUCCAGCUGAAAAACCUCUUAAUAACCCUGCUCCUAAUGCAUAUAAUCCAGAAAAAGCCGACAAAGUUCUUCACGAAACGUCACCCGCCUAUACUUUCAGACCUAAGGUGAAUAAUAGUAAAAUAGAUGUUACACCUGGGCCUAAUGUUUACAACCCAGAAAAGGCCGAUAAGGUUUUGUUGGAUAAUGCUCCACGUUAUUCCUUUAGGAUAAAAACAAAUCCUCAUAAGCCAGAUAAUGUGCCCGCACCUAAUAGCUAUAAUCCCGAUAAAGCUGAUAAAAUAUUGUUGCAUAGUUCCCCGCAAUACACGUUCAGAAUUAAGACAGAUAAUUUAAAAACAAUAGAUACACCAGCUCCCAACUCUUACACGAUCCCAACGCCAGUGAAGACUCCUCUUUACACAAUAUCAGGAAGACAUAAGGAGCCAAUUGACGAAAGGUUGAAAGUGCCGGCACCGGGAACGUAUGAUCCAGAAAAAGGAUACAAGUUUGUGUUGACUUAUUCACCACAGUACACAUUUGGUGUCAAAAUUCAGACCGACAAAUAUAAUAAUACACCAGCACCCAAUACAUACCGCAUUCCUUCAGUGCUGGAUAGUCCAGUGUACACAAUAUCCGGCCGCCACAAGAUUCCAGUGGAUGACCGUGCGCGGGUGCCUGCGCCUGGCACCUACUCACCUGAGAAGGUGCAGUUUACGAAAACACCACAAAUCACUUUUGGAAUUAAGCAUUCUCCACUGUUAGGACAACUCAAACCCAUUCAACCUAUGCGCCCUAUCCAAAAUGAAAAUGCGCAGAAACAGACAGUCAGUAACCAAUCACAGACCACCCAAAAACAACUGACUCAAGUACAUCAAGAUAAUAAAAUACUGAGAGAAGUAAUCGACGAACGUAACGAUGUCAAUCAACAAAUGAUUAGAAACGAGUCGUAUUCAUUGGAUUCGGUCCAUGAUUCUAGAAGUCAUGUUACCCAAGUAAGAGCAGAAAGUGAGAUUAGAAGUUCUACUGUAACACCAGAACCAGUUCAAGAAGUUCUCACCCAAGAAUUAGUUUGGGUUCCGGAACAGCCUAUACGUCGCGGAUCCUAUACCAUUGACAAAGAUGAUGGUUUCAAGGAAUACUACCACAGUAAUGAGGUUAUUCCGGUAGAGAAUGGAGUUAAGAGAGUUGAACUCAGCGGGGACCGAGGCGCUUUUUGUACUGAAGAGAAUGCCAGUCAGAUUAUCAGAAGAGAAGGGUUUGAACAGAACGUGCAAAGGAAUGUCAGGAAUGCUAAUGCACAUGAAAAAUCUCAAGCUGUCUCUGAGGAAGUACGAUCUGGAACAGAAGUAGAGCAUCUGCCGAACGGUGGUAUUGCUAAAACAACUACUACGACUACUAUCAAACGAUUAGGUACUGCAGCUAAAAAAGCAAAUACCACAACAACCGUUACUCGUACGGCUACCGCAGUGACGUCACGAGAUAUCGGCGUUAAAUAAAUUCCUAUCCCUAUGUAAUGCAGGAAGUCAAGAUGUCGCAAUUUGUUAAGAUUAAUAAUGCUAGUUACUACUUCAAAUUAUUUCCCGCUUACAAUAUAACAUGCCAGUUUAAAGACUCUUACGAAUACAAAUUAUAAUAUAUUACAUUAUAAAUGAUUCAUUGAAUCAUUCUCGAAUCUCGAAAUUAUAUGACCUUGUUAUUUAUAUUUUGUUGUAUUCUUUAUUAACGUUACUAAUGUUAUAACUCGAUCGAAUUUUAAUAAAC